CUUGAUACCCAGCCGAUAGGAAGCCCGUUGCUGCGCCAACUUCCUAAGAAACCUAUCUGGCUCUCCCCUGGAAAUGGCGCCUCCCUCCGGCCCACCCGUGAACUUCGUUCCUCAUUUAUAUCCCAGGAUUAACAGGCGCCCCGCGGUGUUUGCGGACUUGUCCCACAUCUACUGAGACCAGAAAGGCCGGCUUUCGGACCGAAGCCCACUUCUCUCUGGGUUUUUGGAUGAGGAGGAUCCAGGACAUUUAGGCUUCCAACUGGUUUUGGGAGAGGGAGGCUUUUUCCCUGCCCUCACGCGAUCUUUGGAACAAACAAGCCCCCAUCCCCGAGGUGAGCCUGAUGCAUUCGAUGCUGGGCCAUUGGCAGUUUUCCAUGGACACAGCCUAGCAGAAAGAUGCGGCCUGCAUGUCUCACUGGCCGCUGACCACCGGCCUGAUGACCGCAUCUCCCUGUACCUCCCCGCUUCAGUUCCCACGGCCCUCGGUCAGCGGCCUCUCUCAGAUCACCAGCAGCCUGUAUAUCAGCAAUGGGGUGGCCGCCAACAACAGGCUUAUGCUCUCCAGCAACCACAUCACCUCGGUCGUCAAUGUCUCGGUGGAGGUGGUGAGUACCUUGUAUGAAGACAUCCAGUAUGUGCAGGUGCCUGUGGCCGACACUCCCACGUCACAUCUCCGUGACUUCUUCGACCCCAUUGCUGACCACAUCCACGAUGUCGGGAUGAAGCAGGGCCGCACGCUGCUCCACUGCGCAGCCGGUGUGAGCCGCUCGGCUGCCCUGUGCCUCGCCUACCUCAUGAAGUACCACACCAUGUCCCUGCUGGAGGCCCACGCCUGGACCAAGUCCUGUCGGCCCAUCAUCCGGCCCAACAGUGGAUUUUGGGAGCAGCUCAUUCACUAUGAGUUCCAGCUGUUUGGCAAGAACACCGUGCGCAUGGUCAGCUCCCCCGUGGGCAGGGUCCCUGACAUCUACGAGAAGGAGGUUCGUUUAAUGAUUCCACUGUAAGCCAUGCCCCCGGCCCCCGCAUCGGGGGUCAGAGGUGCAGAUCUGCCAUUGAUCCUGCACUAAGAACUGAAACAUCCUACUUUUGUGCUACAGAAAAAAAACAGAUGAUGCCUUUUAUCAGAGCAAUAAAAAAGGAAGCGUGCCGUA